CAACAACGCAAAGUAACCUAAAAAUAAAGUUUCAAAUUUUGUAAACACAAAUAUUUACAUUUACAUUUACAUAUUUACAAUGAAUCGUGGUAAAAAAUCAACGUCAAUAACGGAAACCCAAAAAACCACGUUGAUUGAGUUUUUAAAAAAUAAUCCUUUAUUAAUUAGUGGAAAAUUUUCAAAUUCAUUUACAUUUAAAGAUGCCACUGCAAAAUGGGUAGAAAUAACAGAGGUGCUAAAUAGUAUACCUGGUGCAAUUAAGGACUGGCGUAACUGGAGAAAGACAUGGCAAGAUUUACGAUCCAGGACAAAAUUAAAAAAAAGCGAGAUAAACAAGCAUCAUGGAGGUACUGGCGGAGGACCACCUACUGAAAAGGAAUUGACACCUUCAGAAAUAUCAAUAUUAGACAUUGUAAAGGCUGUUUCCAUUGAAGGACAUAAAGUACCAGAAUCUCCGGCAAACUUUAAUUUUGAAGAAACGGAUAAAAUUGUUCACGACUUGCUGAAUGAAAACCAAAAGGAACAAAUUUUGGUGGUUCAAAAAGAAAAGGCAUUAUCAAAUAAAGAAAAUAUUCAACCCUCUACAAGCCAAAGAAAAAUACCAGAAAAGGCAUUAUCAAAUAAAGAAAAUAUUCAACCCUCUACAAGCCAAAGAAAAAUACCAAAAAGGUCUAAAAUUUCAAAUGGAAUGGUAGUUAAUGAAUUUAAUACACUGUACAAACAAAAAAUUCAAAUAAAAGAAUCCUAUUACAAUAAAAAAAUUGAACUAUUAACAAGAAUAGCAGUUGCCAAAGAAAAGUCUGCAACUUCAAUUGAAAAAAUUGCAGACACCCUAACGGAAUUAACAUAUAAUUUGACAUAAACUGACGAGUUUUUAUGUUCUUGUUUUUUGAAUAUCUAUACCCCUAGCCAAACUAUAUUAAGUCCACUUUUUAAAAAUCACAUUGAACAUAUAUACCUAUCA